AUGCCAGACUCGUCGGUAGGCCAAGUCAUCUCGUGGUACAUCUGCACGAUUAUACCAUGCUUUUUCUUGUUCCUGCGUUUGUUCAGUCGAUGGCAACGCUUUGGUCGACUUGCCCUUGAUGACUACUUUCUCAUCCUUGCAGCCUCGUGCCUUAUCGGUGACUUGGGUAUCCAGCAGCACAUGUGGAAUCUCGGCUUGGGAGACAUUUCGAAAGCGACGCCAAAGCAGUUUAUUGGCAUCAUGCAGAUGAUUGUUCCUGGAUCAAUUCUCUACGUCUCCUCUUUGUGGUCCAUCAAGUUUGCUCUGGUUCUCUUCUACAAAAAGCUCGCCGCACCAGGGUCCAAGAUGCAAGUCGCCUACAAUGUUGCCCUGGCUGGUCUAGUCGUCACAUAUACAACAAUCUUCUUCGACAUCCUGUUCCAAUGCUACCCUUACGACAAGCGAUGGUCCCACGACCCCACCUAUCAGUGCAGUCCAAAGGCUUCGAGAAUCAAUUACUGGAUUACAAUCUUGUUCAACAUCUUCUCCGAUCUUAUCAUCAUUUGUCUGCCUAUCACUAUGGUCAUGAAGCUGCAGAUGAAGCUUAAGCAGAGAUUGGCUGUCGCAUUUGUCUUUGCGCUGGGUGGCUUCGUUUUGAUUGCGAGCAGUAAGUUUCCUCCAUCUCCAGCAACCCCAAAUAUGCAUAUACUGACCAUCACAAAGNUCGUCCGAGCCAUCUACUCAUGGCAAAACAAGACAAUGCUAACCUGCACCGUCUCCAUGGUGGAAAACGGCGUCGCCAUCAUCGGCGCCUGUCUCCCAGCUCUGCGCGCCAUUUUCCUGGGCUCGCACUCCACAAACGGCAACAGCAGUUACGCAAAACACUACGAACUCUCCUCCAACCAACGACGAAACCCUCAAGGCCGAAACACUACAAAUUUUACUGUCUCAACGACUAGAGGAGGCAGAAGCCACUCUGUGGACUCGGAUGAGGAACUCGUGAGGAAUAUGCAAGCACAUGGCCAAGCACGGCCAUAUGUUUCUGCGCAAUCGAGCGUGUCGGAUGACAGGGACAACAAGGUUGAUGGCAUUAUGGUCGCCACAACCGUUGAUGUCGACCACAAGGACCAGGAGAGUGUAAACUCAUUGCACAGUCCUUUCGGAGUCCACGAUGUCUAA